AUGAACAUUCGAAUGCUAAUCAAACUUCUGUUAAUUUCCGUACUGAGCUUGUGGAAUUGUGGACUUUCUACAGAAGAAAGUGUUGUUAUACAACCACAUCCCAAUGACUGCCGGAAAUUUACUGAGACGCGUCUGCUAAGCUGUCCGCCGGAAUUUUAUUGGAACGAUAGGCUCCAGGAAUGCCAGCUGCAGCCGAUUGAUAGUUGCAACGUCGCACCUCCACCGACAGAAGAAACCUCCAGACCCCUACCAGCCCCAAGGAUUCCUGAGGAUUUAUCCGAGCUCUGCUAUCAAAAACUGGGACAGCUUGUUCCCUAUCCUGGUGACUGUAGUCGCUUCAUUCAAUGCGAUUACCUUCCCUUUGUCAAGAUCUGCCCCGAAUACCUCUACUGGAACUCGAAGCUACUCACCUGCGACAAAAUCUGUGUUUAAACUUUAAAGGC